AUGAAUAAUAGUUCGAUCAAUUUAAGUAUUGAUGUUUCCAGAACAUGUGUAAACGAUUAUAUUUUAUUAGAUUUUAAACGUAUUGUAGAAGGUUGGAUAUUAUCAUGUAUUUGUUUAUUUGGUAUAUGUGGUAAUUUAUUAACAUGUAUUAUAUUAUCAAAUUCACAAAUGCGUGGAUUAUCAACAAAUGUUUAUCUAUUGGCAUUAUCAUUUGUAAAUACACUUGUUUUAAUUGGUUUUUUUCUUUCACACGGUUUAAGAUCGAUAUUAUAUGAUUAUAAUUUAUAUUGUGCAAACAUUUAUUCAGAAACAUUAUCAACAUUAUACGAAUUAUUUUAUGCACGAAUAUUUUUAUUUCUAUUUCCCACUCAUAUUACAUGUAUUUUAAUAUCAAUUUAUUUAACAGCAGCAGUAGCUAUUGAUCGAUUUGUAUUAAUUUGUUUACCACAUAAAAUUCAAAAAUGUCGUACACAACAAUAUUCAAUUAAAAUAAUAUUUGGUGUUAGUCUAUUUUGUAUUAUCUAUUGUUUACCAUUUUGGUUUGAAUUUACAAAUAAAGAAAAUUUUACAAAUACAACAAAUCAUAGUAAUAAAGCAUCACAGAAUGAAAGAUUUAUAGUAAUGUCAGAAUUUGGAAAACGUCCAUUAUUUCGUGUGUUAAUGAGAAAAUAUCUUUAUUUCAUAUUUGUCUUUUUAUUACCAUUAUUUAUUUUAAUAUUUUGUAAAGCGUGUAUAAUACGACGUUUAAUAACAACUCAUAAAAAAAAACGUCUGUUAGGAACAAAAACAAAUAAACGAAAUCGUUCAAGUAAUGCGAUUACGUUAUUAUUGUUAGCUAUCGUAUUCGUUUUUCUAAUUACACAAUUUCCCUAUUUUAUUUUUAAUGUACUUUAUUCUAUACAAGGACCAACAUACCUAUCAAAAGCGAGUGCUCGUCUCUAUUUAGGCAUAAAUAAUGUCCUAGCAGUUAUAAAUUCAUCAUCAGCAUUUAUUUUAUAUUCAUUUUUUGGUAAAAAAUUUCGAGAAAUGUUAGUAGUCAUAUUUUGUUGUAAACAAAUUAGUCCUGAUCAUAGUUUAUGUGUAUCCAGACAACCACACAUAUCACGUAUAAGUGUCUUAUCACGUAUAAGUUUCAUUUCACCAAGCAUCAAACAGAGUACACCUUGUGCAUCAUUACCGAUGAACCGAAAAAUAAAGCAAAACGAUUUGCAUAAAUUGACAAUCGAUGAAGAAGAAAAUGGAAACACAAAACCGAUGCUAUGUGAAAACUAG